UUCAAUCUCCACUCACUGCUCGUUCAAUCGUCGGGCAAUCAACUUCAUUAAUUUUUUCGAUCAUAUACAAAAAAAAAGAAAGAAACGGACUCAAUCUUUCGUAAACAAAAAUUUUUAAAAAAUUAAUUUAACAAUUAAAUCAAUAUCAUUUGGAUACUGAAGUUACAUUUUUUUUUCAUUCUUAAUCUCAGUUCGGUGAAUCUCUUCCGUGAGGAUGGAGAAGGACCAGCCGGAUUCUUUGGCAACUGUCGCCGUGGGAUCAGAAAAAAUUUCACCCACGAGCCAUUAUGCGCCAAGUGAAGUUUAUUCCACGACUGAACCACCUCCGGCAUACAUAAGGCCUGGAAAAACAACGGCAGUGCAAAUUGCGAGGAUUGCUGCGAUCACGUUAAUUUCUAUGACAGUACUAUUGGGAAGUUUUAUUCUCGCAUCAUCAUGGAUUCAGGCACGAGCAUCAUGCACUCCAGAAUCCAUAGCAGCCAUGCAAGCCACUUUACAUUUUCAAAAAUUGCAUGAAAAAAAUUAUAAUUCCCAUCAAGGGGAAUUUUUGAAAAAUCUUCAACCUGCAGCUCUCAUUCAGGAUCCUGCUGAUAUAAAUAAUUUACAAACUCUCUCGGCGUCGACGUCAGCGAAAAAGGAAGCUGAAUCUGAGAUAAAGGAAGUUCGAGCUCAGAGACAAAAUGAGAAUAGUUUGAAGAAUGAUAACGAUAAUGGAGAUCAGGAUAAUGAUGAUGAGGAUGAUGAUUACGAUGACGAUGAACUGCCUCCAGUUCAUAUAAAACUUCCUCUUCAACUCGAUCUUGACGACAUUGCAGGCAGUCUCAUCCGACAAGCUCGCAGUCGAGUUUCUUGCGUCGUCGAGCGUCGCAGAGCUGACGAAGUAAUGGACGGAGAUAACACUAUUGACAAUAGUACCGAUCCUCAAAGAUUCCAGCGAGUCAGCGGAGAACGCGUCUCCAUUCUCUGCGAAGCCGGAAAUCCACAACAAGAACAACAAGACCAAGAAAUGAUGACACCAAUCAUCGUGCCUUUGGGAACAGUUCAAAUUCCCGUUCAACCCCAGGAACCAGCUUCCGGUUAUCAUCAAUAUCAACUUCAUACUCAAUAUCAAGUUCCAGAUAUGCAACAACUUCCAUUGAGUGAUCCAAGAGGAUUCAAUCACAUUCCAGCUGGAGUUUUACCACCGGAACUACGCAAUCUACCUCAUAUAAAUAUGGAAAUGAAACCCCCACGAAUGUCCCCACCUGCUCAAUCAAUGAAUCAUCAGGAUCCCCUUGUUGAACAAAUUGAAAUGCGACAAAUUCCAAUUGAACUGAGACACUUCCCGUUGCGUGGAAUGAGACCAUUGCGCCAACAAGAACCACGCCAAGAACACAUUAUUGCCAUGAAUUUCCCAUCGCCAAUGUAUCAUCCCAAUGAGCAAGGGGAAUCAAUGGUACCACCACCACCGCCACCUUCUAAUUCUCAGGAACCUCAAAUGCCAGAGCACAGAAUGAAUCCCCAAAUGAUGCCACCACAACCUGAUCAAAGAAACCCCCAAAUUCCACAAGAAAGACCACGAUCUCCAUUACAAGGAAUUCCAUUAGAAAUCCGUCGAAUCGUUCAACAAGUUCCAAUGGAAAUUAAAAAUAUCAUUCAACAUAUUAUGGGAGAUUCGAAAAUUUUCCCCGUUCCCGUUGCCGAGGAAGCUCGUCAAGAGCCGAAAGAACAAGAAUUCAAACCCUUCCCAGAAGGUGUUCGUGCAAUUUCCUUGGGACCAUUUUCACUUCCGCUUCAAUUAAAGAAUCUUUUGGAACACGGAAGUAUGGAAGACAGAUCGCCAAGGGAUGAUGAAAGUUCUGAACAACAACCGGAAGCUAAACCAUUCCGUGGACCAGAGGAUCAUGCAGAAGAAAUGGAACGAAGUUUCCCAACUGCCGGCGAUGUUCGUCGUAUGAUUCACCAGGUUGUGGAGGGACGUGCAAUGCCAGUUACGAGAAUUUCUCUACCUCUAAGAGCAGUGGAUUCAAUUGACAUUCCUGUUCAAGCUAGAGCUAUGGUGACCGAAAAUCAAGGAGCUGAACAACAUGAUGAACAACACAAUCAUGAACAACAAGAACAACAUCCUCAGGAACACCCUCUUCUUCAAGCGCAACCACCACAGAAAUUGCACCACGUGCAAGAAGAAAAUCGCCCUCAUUACGUCCAGCCACGUUCUGUGCGUUCAAUUCCCGAUGAACUUACUGCUCAUCCACGCAACAAACGAAUGCGCCGUUCAUGCGCUUGCGACUGCAACUGUCCCAACAAUUAAAAAUUCUCCUAAAAACUAAUAUUUCAUUACGUGAGAAGUUACAACAAUUUUCUAAACACAAAAAAAAGUAUAUUUUAAAUUCUCUUCCACGUAAUUGUGAACUUUCAAGAAUUUUAAUUGUCAAAACUACGUUAUUGUUAAUCGCAUUAUUCAAAACAUUGUUAUAUAUUUUUUCGCUUUCUUACAUUCAUUACUUUAUCCGUUAAAAAAAGUUAUAAUUAUUUUUUAAAUUAAAAUGAAAUUGAGUAUUAUUUAAAUGAAUAUACAUAUAAUAAAAUAUUUUUUAAUUUUAA